AGCAUUACAUCAUCCCGAUGAGACCUUGGCACUGAGUGCACGCUGUUGCGCAGCGCAACCUGGUGCUGCUCCCCAGCUCAGCCGGGGCCUGCUACUGAUACCACGCCGUCAGCAGAGCCCACAGCUCCCCAAAUUGCGCACCCUCAGCCUCAGCGCACCUUCCGCAUCUGAUUACCCAUCCAGCCCUACACGGCCGUCCUCUUCGCUCUCGAAAGAGCUAGCUUUCCGAUCCUCCCGCGCGCCCACCCAACUCACACCCACCACCGCCUCUCGCAUGCGCGCCCAAGGCCACCGCCUUCCCUCCACCCUCGCAACUUCCCACUCCCGAACGGCAUCAUGAACGGCGGCUGGGUCUUCCUCAUCAUCCUCAUCCUCGCCGUCGUCGGCGGCUACGGCGGCUGGGUAGCCUACUCGCGCAUCCGGGCCUCGCGCCUGGGCCUUCCACCGCCCUCCCUCAACCCCUUCAACCGCAGCGGCGACGAGACCUCCAACUACCCCGGCCCCGCGCCCACCGGCAUCAAGGGCUGGUUUGACGCCCAGAUCUUCAAGUUCAAGAACCGCAACAACCGCACCGCGCACGGCGCGUACGAGGAGAGCGGCACCGGGUACAACAGCAGCCGGGGCCGCGGCGCUGGACACAGACUCGAUCCCGACGAGGCGUGGGAUGCGCGCGUCGGCAACGAGGCGUACUACGAGGAGCAGGAGCUGGGGCUGCAUGAGCCGGCGAACGCGCGGACCGGCCCACAGAGCAGCAAUCCGUAUGAGAGCCAGCCGUACGGUGCGCCGUCGCCAGGCUUCCACGAGCCGGACCGCGGAAGGAGUCGCAACAGGGACUACGAUGAGCGAAGCGAUGGGGGGCUCGGCGUACGGCAGAAUCCGUUUGGGGAUGAGAACGCGGCGAGUCUGCGCGGUGUAAGUCCGCGCCCGUUGGACCAGCAUGUCGACACGAGUUAUGGCGGUGCGAGCGCGGGGCAGCAGAAGAAGAAGGGCAGUGCGGAAAAUAGCCCGACCGAGUCUCGGAGGAGUGUAUUCCACGAGGAGAUGUAGGAGGAGAUGCACCUGGAUUUGCGGGCGUUCUUGGAUGGCUCAUGUAGCGACUGGGUUUUCUUCACUUCUGAGAAUAUAUCACGUUGGGGAGGCUUUUGUUGAAAAGUUUGGUGCGAAAUGUAGGAUUGAGGAUGACGAUGCCUGGACGACGACAGAGGUACAUAAUCUCCUUUACACUGUCGGUUGUGUUCUACGACCGCCAGGUCUGAUGGCAGCCUGACUAGACAGGUCGACUUUAAUGCUUUGCUACUUGCUUCAAUAUUUCUUCAGCUGCGCCGCGCGUUCAUGAACUCGAGGACAUCGAACGAGUUGGCAGCCGCUUGAGUGCCGCUUUCUUGCUGUCUCCUCUCCUUUCGCUCGGCCUCCCUCUGCUGCUGCUGCUGCUGCUGCUUCUUCGCCUUCU